UCAUCGCUUCGUACAGCAAACAUCUCCCUCUCUACAUCACCAUGUGCCAGAACAAGAGGAACACCAACACCAUGACCAUCAAGUCGAACAAGAAGCUGUCCUACAGCGUGAAGAAGCUGCUGCAGAAGAUCUUCAAGCAGCAGCAGCGCGUCGAGGAGGAGGAGCAGAACCUCAAGAACACCCUCAAGGCCAACUCGCUGGAGUCGCUCGAGUCCAUGGAGAACAGCCGCAAUGCCGAUCUGGAGUCCUCGCUGGAGUCCUGCGAGAACGAGGCCAACGAGCGCCUCUCCCAGUCCUGCGACAUGGAGGACUACGAGCUGGAGCAACUGCCCACCGUGCCCGUUCACUUCGUCCGCACCGCCCACGGCACCUUCUUCUGGACCGCCGUCUCCGAUCUGCCGGCCGACAACGACCUCAUCGAGCCCCUCUACUGCUCCACCGGCAACGAGAUCGCCAUCCCCCAGGAUCGCUGGGUUCAGGCCUAAGCAAAUCCGAGCCAGAACCAGCCCGCCCCCACCUGCAACCAAGUCUUCCAUUGGAUCUCCAGCUUUAAUCAACGUCUUCCGUUAAUUUUUGACAUCAUUCCACAAAAAUUAACUCGCAAGCCGAUCAACUCAGCUUUACAAAAAUUGUGAUACAUUUUACUUAACAUUUACAAAAACAAUCAAAAUAUAUAUACAAUUUAAAAGAAA